AUGUUCUCCGUCGUGAUCCCAGGCCGACCAUGCCUCACAGACAUCGUCGCAGUAGACGGCCAAGCCACCAAAUUCGCCUUCACAAUCCCGCUCAGCCCUUCCUUCAGCGAGCUAGUAGUCUUCUUCCUCCCAGGAACAGUCCUACCACCCAACACCGGCGCCGCAAUCUACGCCCAACUCCCAGACCCGACAACAGGCCAACCAUCAAACUUCCGCUUCAUUGGCGCAUUAGCAAAUGAAAAGCCCUCGGGAAUCUUCACCGUCCGAUCCCCUAGCACCGGCGCCCGCACAGAAGCCGAAGAGGAAGACGACAUGCUUGACGAGGGCGGGAACACCGGUGCCGGCUCUGGUGUCUUGACGCUUGGUAUCUCUAUCGAAGAAGUGCAGGCUAUUGCGCCACAGCUUGCCGCGCUUGAAGCGGAGGGUGCAUCGAGUGGACAGGAUGGGUCUGGGUCUUCUACGGCGAUGGUUACGCAGGGGUCUGGACAGGCACAACGGCAGAUCUCGACCAAGGUGCUUGCGCAGCGGAUUAUUGGGAGCGCGUUUAACUACCUCGCAAGUUUUGCUGAGACGGAUAAGGGACAGGAUGUUGUGCCGCUUAAGAGCUUCCGCGAUUGGUGGACUAAGUUUGAGCGACGCAUUGAUGUUGAUCCUACGUUUUUAGAGCGUCAGGAUCCUACUGCCAAUUCUUGA